CAUGUUGUGAGGUGGCAGCCAUUUGAUUGAAUUGAACUUGAACCCAACCCACAAAUUGGAACCUUCCCUCGUUUCCUUCAUUUUCUUUUUUUCUUUUUCUUACGCGAGUUGACUCAACAACAAGCCCGAGUCAUACCCGCUCCCUGACUCGCUGACUCAGUGUUGUUCAGUCUUCUUCAUUCACCAUGACCCACAAACCCAUUUCCGAUGACACCCAAAACUGUUGAUUCAUUGCAUCCAAAAAAGGAAAAAAAUGAUGAAUGAGGAUCAUUACGAUGUUCACGCUUCCCAAGACGGGGAAAUGGAGUCCCUCGUCCUCGACGAUUCCGGCCACCUCCAACCGCCGCCGCAAAGCCCUAAAUCCCCCUUCAAUUCCUUCCUGGACCCACCUUCCUACGCCGACGCAAUCUUCACCUCCUUCGAUUCCAACGGCCACGACAAAACCCUAGAACUUUCCACAGGAUCCAGUUCCGAUUACCUCCACAUCUCCGUCUCCGAUCCCCAGAAGGAGCAGGAACUCACGAACUCCCUCGUUCCCGGCGGCAACACCUACUACACCUACCUCAUAACCACCACAACGAACUUACCCGAAUUCGGAGGACCCGGGUCCGAAUUCAGCGUCCGGAGAAGGUUUCGUGACGUGGUGACGUUGUCGGACCGGUUGUCGGAGACUUACCGGGGGUACUUCAUCCCGGUCCGGCCGGAGAAGAGCACGGUGGAGAGCCAGGUGAUGCAGAUGCAGGAUUUUGUGGAACAGAGGAGGGUGGCGUUGGAGAAGUACCUAAGAAAAUUGGGUGCGCACCCUGUAAUUGGGAAGAGCGAGGAGCUGAAGGUGUUUCUGGAGGUGAAGGGGAAGCUGCCACUGGCGAAGACCACCGACGUGGCGUCGAGAAUGCUCGACGGCGCGGUGAAUCUUCCCCGGCAGCUGUUUGGUGGAGAGGCUGUGGUGGCUGCGGGUGUGGACUUGAAUGAUGUGUCUCAGCCUGCUAAGGUUGGGAGAGACUUGCUCAGAAUUUUCAAGGAGUUGAAGCAGUCUGUUUCCAAUGAUUGGGGUGGAACCAAACCCUUGGUGUUUGAGGAAGAUAAGGAGUUUAUGGAGAGGAAGGACAAGUUGAUGGAGUUUGAGAACCAACUUAGCAAUGUUUCUCAGCAGGCUGAAUCUCUUGUAAAAGUUCAGCAAGACAUGGGUGAAACAAUGGGUGAACUAGGGUUGGCUUUUGUAAAACUCACCAAAUUUGAGACGGAAGAAGCCAUAUUCGAUUCUCAGAGAGUACGAGCUGCUGACAUGAAAAAUGUGGCAACUGCAGCUGUUAAAGCAAGCAGGUUAUAUCGAGAGCUGAAUACACAAACAAUCAAACAUUUGGAUAAACUACAUGAAUACCUUGGGACAAUGCUAGCCAUCAACAAUGCAUUUUCUGACCGAUCAAGUGCUUUAUUGACUUUUCAAACACUCUCAUCAGAACUAGCUUCUUUACAUUCACGGGUUGAGAAGCUCGAAGUUGCUUCAUCCAAAAUAUUUGGUGGAGAUAAGUCGAGGAUGCGGAAAAUUGAAGAGAUGAGAGAAGCCAUUAGAGUUACUGAGAAUGCUAAGAUUUGUGCAGAUAAAGAGUAUGAACGAAUCAAGGAAAAUAAUAGGAGUGAGCUUGAAAGAAUUGACAAAGAGAGGCAUAACGACUUCCUAAGCAUGCUGCGAGGGUUUGUUGUCAAUCAAACAGGCUAUGCAGAGAAGAUGGCAGCUGUGUGGGAGAAGCUUGCAGAAGAAACCGCUACAUACUCAAGAGACAGCAGCUAAAAUGUACUUGGCUGUAAAUUUUUGUCUUCGACCUUUUUAUGCUGCUUUCUAGAUUGUUUCAUUAAUUUUAAGGUUGUGUAGUAUAGAAGUACUUUUUCACUAUAUUCGGUGAACUUAAUUUUAGCUAAUCAGAGUUAUAUAUGCACAUACUUUCUUGUUUUUGUGACAUUUAAGAUUAGUGUUUAGACAAAUGCGAUGCUCUCAAUGGU